GCUCGUACUGAGGACAAUGGAAGGCCAGAAGGAGCAAAAUGAUACCCAAGCAAUUCUAAUCGUUCCCUUUCCACCCCAUAUCAGAUUAUAUAUCGUCCGUCCUGAUAUGUAAUCUCAAGUGGCCAAACCUCGGAGCAACCUCUUAGUCGGCACCGAUCGGAGAUCCGGGAGCCACAAUAUGCCGGGGAAAUUAUUCAAGCUGCCCGCCAUCCCACCAAACACUCGCCGACAGCUUCCAUCAUUCCAACCUCGUCCGAGUCCUUUCUUCUUCUCUUCUCCGAAUGACGCCGCGGUAGAGCUCUUCCAUCCUCGACAAUGCUCGGCACGCUUUGUCGCAGCGGCCUGGGCCUCCCCAGACAAGCUCUGCUGCGAAGUCGCGUGCCCUCUCGGCAUGACGUCUUCGUUCGGCGCAUCCAGAACUCGGGGCCAUUCCAACCUCUUCGGCCACCGUCUCCAGCAUCUCUGGGGGCUCCACGGGCGGCUAAACAAUAUAAAGGGAGCCGGAAAUGGGGACGUCGAAUUUUCAUCACGGCCGCGGUCGGCGGUACCAUCUAUGUCGUAGACCGAAAUGUCUACGCCUCCAGCAUUGGGCGAUCGCUUCGGACGUUUGGCACCGCGCUGGUCGCUGCCCUCGACUACAAAAUCAAUUUCCGACCGGAGCCGUGGGUUGGAGGAACUGUGCCUGAUCUCCAUAUGCGCAAUGCGGAGCGACUCUUUCACUUGCUGCGGCAAAACGGCGGGCUGUACCUCAAGAUCGGCCAGGCCAUCGCCAUGCAGAGCGCGGUGCUGCCGCCCGAAUUCCAAAAGAUGUUUGGUAGAAUGUUUGACGAUGCGCCGCAGGACGAUUGGAAAGCCGUAGAGGCGGUUAUUCGACAAGACUUUGGCAAGAGUGUCGAGGAAGUGUUUGGCGUCAGCUUCACCGGAAAAGAGGGCUACGGAGUCAUGGAGAGAAAAGCUCGCGCAAGCGCAAGUGUCGCCCAAGUUCACUGGGCAAGGCUCCCCGAUGGGAGGGAGGUUGCAAUUAAAAUCCAGAAGCCUGAAAUCGCUCUUCAGAUAUCAUGGGAUCUAUGGACUUUCAAGACCGUUACCUGGAUCUUUUCAAGAUGGUUCGACCUACCCCUCUACACCUUGGUACCGUUCAUCUCCGAGCGCCUAGAGCUAGAGACCGACUUCUUGUGUGAAGCGAAAAAUUCAGAAACCAUGCGCGAGCUGGUUAAUUCGGAGAGCCGCCUGAAAGGGCGUGUCUAUAUCCCCACGGUAUAUUCCGACCUCACCACGAAGCGAGUCUUGACGACGGAAUGGAUAGAGGGCAUCAGACUGUGGGACAAGAAAGCCAUGACGUCGAGAUGGCUGGGCGGGUACGGAAAAGGCAGCCCAGGAGCGGGCACUCCCUUGCCGCCGCUGGACAUGGAUGUUGUCCGCCAUGAGCUUCGUGCAAAGCCCUACCAGGAGAAGAUCAAGCCAGAGCGCCAGGAGUGGAAGGGUGCUCGUGGAAGAGGAGGCCUCGGCCUGACUACUAAAGAAGUCAUGACCACCAUGGUAGACCUCUUUUCUGCUCAAAUCUUCAAAUGGGGCGUCGUCCACUGCGAUCCUCACCCGGGAAAUAUCUUCAUCCGACGUCUCCCCAACGGUCGCUCGGAGCUGGUUUUGAUUGAUCACGGCCUCUAUGUGUACAUGUCGCCCAAGUUCCGCCAUCAGUACGGUAGAUUCUGGAAAGCCCUCAUGACGUUUGAUAACCAGACCGUUGUCGAUAUCACAGAACAGUGGGGUAUCAAGGCAGCAGACAUGUUUGCGAGUGCGACAUUGAUGAAGCCGUACGAGGGCGGCGAGUCCACCAUGCAGAAUGACAUCAAGGCAAUGGAAGGUCUCAGUCCGGCGGAGCGACACUACUACAUGCAGCAGAAGAUGAAGCAAGGUAUCCGCGACAUUCUUGCUGAUGAGGACAAGUGGCCCAAGGAGCUCAUCUUCAUAGGCCGGAACAUGCGCAUCGUCCAGGGCAACAAUCAGUACUUGGGGUCGCCUGUCAACCGCAUCAAGAUGAUGGGCGAAUGGGCAAGCCGCAGCCUCUACGAGGACCCAAACCUCCCCUGGAUGCAGCGUCUGGACAAUGCAUGGCGGCACAUCAUAUUCAAGUCUGUCAUGACACUGACAGAUGUCGCCUUUUACUUCUUUAAGCUGCGACAAUUCCUUGGUCUAGGCGGCGGGAUGGAAGAUGAGAUGGAGCGUCGUAUGAAGAAUAUGGCGCACGAGUACGGCAUCGAGCUGCAGCACGAGGUAUUCGAGGGCUGAAGAGGGCGGCCGUAAAAUAUUGAUGGUCUAUUGUUUCAUUUCCACGUUCUGUGCUCCACGACAUUUUGGUAGAGGCGUUGGACCGCAUUGAUUCUUAUAGAGGGGAAAAAAAAAGAAGGGCAAAAGAGCGUUUGGCAUUCGGAAUCCCCAGUCAGCCUGGUGUAUGUAUUGAUAUAUGUACGAUUAUAGACGAUAUACCACUCAUUGAGACGGCAACCGGCAGGUCCCCUUGCUUGCCAUGUCUGCGUGUGAUGGUGAUGCUCUUGGCGAUAUCCGCUGGAUGCUGUGUGUUACUCCGUACUCGUCGUACUGCGUGGUGUAUUGUACAAAUGUGGCCAG